UCAUCUCUGCUCCCAAUAUUUACGAUUGGACGUGUGCAAAUUAGGGUUUCGUUUCGUUUUGUGUAAGAUCAAUAUUCAUCACCGAUCCAUAAUGAUUUACGACGUCAACUCGCCUCUCUUCCGCUCCUUCCUGAGCCAGAAAGGAGGCCCUUCCGACAAGAGGAAAACGGAAGAGCAGAAGCCGAAGGAACAGAGACCAAAAGCCAGUGAGAAUAAGCCAGUUAUGACCGAAUGAGAGCAAAUAAUGAGAUGGAGAGCGAUUGCUGCAUCAGCACUUCACUUCAAUUCACUUAAUCUUGGAAUUGUUGAAUGUUAGACACAAGUUUUGAAUCGCAUCAAAUGUUCCGAAGUUGUUGUAGAUGGGACAACCUCUCCUUUUAGUUUUCAUGAAAUUGCUCGAGUGGUAUUGUUCGCCUGGUAUAUGUUUGGUUGAAUUUGCUGUAGAAAAGUUGAAACUGUCAUGUUCUUAGGGAGGACUGGACAAUAUUGCACAUUGUUGAACUGGUUUCUAGGGUUUUUUUGGUUUAUUGAUCUGUUUCUUAUUUUCAUUUUUA